UGUCUCUUUCCUCACGCAAAGCACUUCCUGUCUCCUGUCAUACCGCAAAAAUGGCGCUCGACCUGAUUGUAAAAGUGCAUCCAGUUGUUUUAUUUCAAAUAGUAGAUGCCUACGAACGUCGAAGUGCCGAAUCCCACAGAGUUAUUGGGACACUGUUAGGUACUUGCGAAAAAGGAAUUGUUGAAGUUACCAACUGUUUUUGCGUACCUCACAAAGAAUAUGAAGAAGAAGUCGAAGCCGAAUUGAAAUAUGCAAUCGACUUGUAUGAUUUAAAUCACAAAGUCAAUGCACAAGAAAAUAUUGUCGGCUGGUGGGCUACAGGAAAUGAAGUAACUAAUCACUCGUCAGUUAUUCACGAGUAUUAUGCUCUAGAAUGUAAAAAUCCAGUUCAUUUGACUGUCGACACGACUUUGGAGAAUAUAACCAGAAUGGGAAUAAGGGCUUAUGUUUGUGUGCAAUUAGGAGUUCCAAAUGGCAAACAAGGUUGCAUGUUCACACCUGCCAAAGUCCAGAUGACGGCAUAUGAACCGGAAGUUGUAGGUCUUCAACUUUGCGCAAAAACUCAACUGAAUUCACAAGUUCUUGUUUCCGGAAUGAAACCCGGUAGCAAUGUUGAGCCAAUGAUGGAUUUGGGCAAAAUUUCUGACGCAAGUAAUAAACUUUCGACAAUGUUGGAUCAAGUACUUCAAUAUGUUGAUGAUGUUCUCGCAGGGAAACAACCUCCUGAUAAUCAGGUGGGACGAGCACUUCUCGACAUGGUGAAUUCAGUUCCAAAAAUGUCGAGCGAUCAAUUUGAUGAAAUGUUCAACAGCAAUGUAAAGGAUCUGUUGAUGGUCGUUGCAUUGUCUCAAUUGAUCAAAACACAACUUCAACUUAACGAAAAACUCACACUUCUCACAACACUAUGAUAAAAAUUUUUUUAAUACAUUUUAAUUUGUCUUUCUCAUCCAAUGACGUUGCAAACAAUUGUAAAAAAUAUUAACGAAAUGUCAUUUAAUUCCACCGUUUUGUAAUGCAAAUUUUUCCCUUAAAAAUUGUACAAAAAACUCAAAAGAUUUACUUGUCGAAUAAAUUGAGAAUCAUCGAAAAUGAA